GGUGAAUCAAUAUUUCAUGUUUUGAAGGAUUACUUCAUUGAAAAAGCAAUUCCUUUAUCAAAUAUAAUAUCAGUAGCUACAGAUGGAGCACCUGCCAUGGUUGGACGUUAUCGUGGAUUUAUAAGCUAUUUAAAACAAAAUGUGUCAGGGGUGUUAGCAAUACAUUGCGUCAUAUUUGUUUACAAAAUUCAAUAUGGUUAAUUUGCAAUUACUAGGCGACAGUUUAAAUUUGAUUAAAACAAAGUCCAUCUUAUCAGCGUUUCUUGCCAGAGUUAAACUAAUGAAGCAAAAUAUUGGACGGGGCGAAUUUUCUCAGUUCCCCAAUUUGUCACAGACAAGCUGCCAGGAAGACGACGUUUCAACUUACGUUCAACAUUUAAAUGCCCUCUAUUCAGAUUUUGAAUCUAGGUUUGAGGAUAUGUUGACUAUGGUAAUACCACCGUGGAUAAUUAAUCCAUAUGGUGACGUAGAAGAGACGAAUGUCGUAACACAAGAGGAACUGACUGAACUAAGUACAAACGAAGAACUUAAGGUUCAGUUUAAAAACAGAUAUCAGCAAUUCUGGCUGCAAAACUACAUACCCGUUACUUAUCCCGUAUUGUGGAAUAUAGCGAGGAAAUUUUUAACUUCCUUUCCAUCGUCAUACCUAGUGGAAAGGGGGUUCAGCGCUGUUACCAAUCUUCUAACGAAGAAAAGAAACAGACUGGACAUCAUUAGCCGAGGAGAUUUAAGAUUAACCCUUACAAAAUUGACGUCAAAUGUUGAUAAUUUAUUAUUAAAGCAUCAGGUUCAUCCUUCUCACUAAAAAUAUUGACUUAUUG